CGUUGCAACUUGCUGCGUGACCUUGUAACACAUGUACUUGGUACUACACACUUCGGACACCGCUACUCAACUACACACGACCAUUGCAGCACUUUGCUAGCCAGCCUAACGUGGCAGUCUUUGCAUUAUGACCAGCUUUCUCGCCUAAGGAUAUGAAGCAUUUCACAUGGACGCAAUAAACGUUCAUUGAGACUCGCAUAAUUACGCUACCCCCUACCUACCAUCAUGGCCGGUGGUGACACUCGGGCAAUGCAGAAAUUCGACGUGCAAGCAAAUGACAUGUCUCCAAGCAGCGAGGAGUCAUCGAGGACUCCAAAUGAGAACGACCUCCUGAUAACGCGCCUUGUGGCUCGAAUUGCCGAACUGGAAGAAAAGCUAUACAAAAAGGAGCUCGAGGCGCCUGAAAUAGGACAACGCGCCGCUGCCCCAGAAGCAGCACCGCUGGGGACCCCAGGCGGAGCUCCCGCCCAGCAACAACAACAGCAACCACAGCAACAGCCAUCCAAGCUGCGCGACUCCAUCCUAGCAACCCUACGCGAGUCAUGGGCCAAGCUAGAAAGCCACACAGCAAGCGUCGUACAGACGCCACCACCGGCCGUACCGUCCAUGCCUUACGCGGCGCCUCCUCCCCCCGCAUCUGCGCCGGCGGCGGGACCGGUAUCGACGCCCCCUCGCGCGGCGACGCCGACGGGAGCGGCGGCGGCGGCAGCAGCGAUUGCGGCGACGGCGAUGACUCCACGCCGCGGCGACUUGGUCGGCAGCCUGAUGACUCAGGCGGAGACAGCGGAAGGGCAAGGCGCCGCAAGCGGGACGCCGAUAGCAGCGGCUAACGAUGUUAACGGCGGCGGAGCUGAAGGGAGUAAAGAGGCCGGUGGCAGCUUCCAGUUCGCCACGCACUUGGUGGUUGACUACAACAAGCCGACCCCUGGGGCACGCGACGCCAGGGACGGCGCCAACACCGCUGCAUGCAGCCCCAGCCACAGCGGCGGCAGCGCCGGCACCCCCAGCAGCCUCAGCAGCAUCGACAGCAGCGCCAUGGGGUACGGGGCUGGCGACAGCGCAGACCAGCAGAAGCAACAACGCGACAGUGGCAAAGUCUUGAACAUGGGAUCCGCGGGGACAUCGUCCACAGCAACCUCCGCUAACAUGACCUCGAAGCCCGCUGGCGGCAGCGGCGGUGCGGGCUGUACAUCCGCGCCGUUGACUCCAGGUGGGACGGCUGCUGGCGGCGCCCCCAACGCCAGCGGUUCCACACCCUCUCGCGCCGCUGCAUGGUCGGGUUCCGUGCUCUCCAAGUUGGGGAUCGCAUGGGGCCGUGACAAGGACAACAAUAGCAGCAACAGCCGUGACGGUCGGGACAAUCGCAGCGAGCAGGGCGGGGGGAUGUCUCGGGUAGUGUCUGCGGGCAGCCUGCAGUCGUCUGGCGGCCCGCAGCACUACCAGCACGCGGAGAGCUUCAGCGAGAAGGCACUGGAGCAGCACCUGGGAGCCUUGGGCGCUGCGCUGACGGGGGGCGGCACGGGAGGAGGCGGAGGGCACUACUACCGCUACGUGUUCGACCCAGCUGACCUGCAGGCGGAGAUGGAGGUGACUGCGCGGGUGCGGCGCGCGGCGGCGGAGGCGCUCACGGAGGCCAACGCCAAGCUGGCGGAGGCGCAGGCGGCGGCGGCAGCGCUGCAGCAGCAGGUGGAGCAGGCCAAGGAGCUGGAGCAGGAGCUGGAGCAGCUGCGCGCGGAGCAGGCGGCUGUGCAGGCGGCCAAGGCGGCGCUGGAGGACGAUGCGGCGGCGGUGCGGCGGCAGCUGGAGGCCAUGAAGGAGACGGAGGCGAGCCUGCAGGCUGAGCUGGAGGGCAUGCGCAGCCAGGCGGACAUCUGGAGCUCCAGCAAGGAUGACGAGGCGGAGAAGCUCAAACAGGAGAACGCGCUGCUCCGGAACCAGCUGGCGGCAAGGCUGAGCGAGCUGCAGACAUGUCGCGGGCGGGUGAGCGAGGGCGAGGCGGAGCGGCAGCGGCUGCAGCGGGAGGCGGAGGACCUGCAAAACAAGAUCAAGUGGCUGUCCAAGAUCAACCUGCAGCUGGAGGCGGCUGCCUCGCAGCUGGACGAGGCGCGCAAGGCGGCGGGCGAGUGGCAGGAGCGCUUCAUGCGGGAGCGCAACGUGCGGCGGCGGCUGCACGACCAGCUGCAGCAGCUGAGGGGCAACAUACGGGUCUUGUGCAGGGUUCGCCCGGUGCAGGUGGGUCAGCGCGACAUCGUGAGCUACCCGCUGGAGGGGCUGCUGGCGGUCAGCCCGCCCGACAGGAGGUACCAGGAGUUUGAGUUCGACCACGUGUUCCCGCCCAGCUCGGGUCAGUGCUCCGUGUUCGAGGAGGCGGUGGGCUGCCUGGUGCGCUCCGUGGCGGACGGACACAGCGCCUGCAUCCUGGCGUACGGACAGACGGGCAGCGGCAAGACGUACACCAUGCAGGGGCCGCCGGAGGACCCGGGUAUCUACUUCCGGGCCCUACAAGAGCUCUUCCGCAUCGCCACGGAGGAGGAUGGAGCCGCCGCCGCAGCAGCAGCGGCAACCGCCCUCACGUCCUCCGCUAACCCCACUGCUCCUGCCGCCGCCACCGUCGGCAGCAGCAGCAGCAGUACGACAACGACUGCAACUGCAACCGCCCAAACAACGCCCACCGUUGCCUCCGCAAGCCCCCGGGGUGCGACCACCCGCAGGCGGCGGAGCAGCAGCAGUAGCGGGACCGGUCUGCUUCCCGCGACAAGCAGCGGCGACGUGUCGGCCGCUGCUGCUGCGGCUGCUGCAGCCGACGACCCGGCUGCCACGCUAGGACGGUUCAGCUUCCACGUGUCCAUGCUGGAGAUCUACAACGAAGCCGUACAUGAUCUGCUGGCUGGUAGCGGCAGCAGCGGACCCAUGGGUCAGGCGGACGGUGCGGCAGGCGACACGGGAGCAGCAGCUGCCGGGGAGGGCAUGGCAGCCACGGCAGGAGCUGCAGCUUCGUCGAAGCCCCUUGAGGUCUCCGCAUUGGGCGCCGGCGAGCUGCCCCCCGGUGUGGACCGCGUGCCCGGCCUCACCUGGCGCCCCGUCGCCUCCACCGCGGCAGUGGAGGCGCUGCUGCGGGAGGGCGGCCGCAACCGCGCCACCGCCGCCACCGCCUCCAACGCGCACUCGAGUCGCAGCCACGCGCUGCUGUCGGUGCGGGUGACGGUGACGGGGGCGGACGGCAGGAGGGCGGUCAGUGUGCUGCACCUGGUUGACCUGGCAGGCUCUGAGCGGGUCGACAAGAGCGAGGUGACCGGGCAGCAGCUCAAGGAGGCCCAGUCCAUCAACCGCUCCCUGUCCGCUCUGGGGGAUGUCAUCUCCGCGCUGCAGCGCCGCUCGCCGCAUGUGCCCUUCCGCAACUCCAAGCUCACCGCGGUGCUCCAGGACGCGCUGUGCGGCAACUCCAAGGUGCUGCUGGUGUGCAACAUCGCCCCCGAGUCCACCUCGGCCUCGGAGACGCUGUCCUCACUCAACUUUGCAAGCAGGGCGGCGCAGGUGGAGUUGGGAUCUGCCGCGUCGAGACGUACCUCCUCCGAUCGCCACCAGCUACCCGCGCCAGCACCGCCGCCGCCAUCCGCCGCCUCGGCCCAGCCGCCGCUGCCUAUCAUGAAUGGUACGGCAGCAAAGGUACGGGCAGCCGCUGCUGCUGCGGCGGCAGCCAGUGGGAAUGGCGGCGGUAGUGGCGGGGCAGCCAGUGCUCGGCCGUCCCCGAGCUGGAAUGCUAGGUAGUAAUGUUGAGGGCGCUACAAUCACCGCAGAGUGUAUAGUGGCAGGAAUGAAAGGCAUGUCUGGGCAGGCAUGGCUUUGCUGUGUUACGUGAUCGGGUUUUGCGGGUUCCUGGUGAGCCGUAGGAAGGAAUGCGGGAUGUGAUCCCUUUCGUUAAGCGCGCUGUGACUAAGAAGCCAAGCAGUGGCAAUAUGGAAAGGAGGUGCUUAUUGUUUGUCUUUCACUACUUCCUUGUGCUGUACGGAACCGUACAGCACCAUGUGCAUCUGACCGUUACUAGAUCCAGUUAAACAGGAUCCUGAAAGUCGUGAACUCGUGAUGUUGCAUGUGAGCCUUUCGUGGUGUGAGUUCAUUACCGGUAUCAGUGCCCCCAGACCUAUGCAUGCAGAGGAGAAGCUAAUCUAGGAAAGGGAAUGUGACUCUGUUGCGUUGCGUUGCCCGAUUACCGUGUCCGGGGGGACCUAAAUGCUGCUUCUAUGUUACUUACCACUGCGGUCAACGAAUUGACCGCCGUGAUGACGCUGCAAGUUAGGGGAGAUAAAAACGAGCUGAGGAGGUUAGUAGGGCAUAUGACGACGCUUUUGCUUGGUUUCACGUCACAUGGCCUCGCUGCGGUAUGCGGCAUGCAGGGGGUUUCAGACACUAGUAUAACAGUCAGAUACAGGGCUUGUGCGGCACAUCCUGGCAGGGGAUCAGUAAGAGCUGUCCAAUAGGAGGCAUGGCAGAUCCUGGUUCGGUAGGGUAGGAGUUGCGGGUGUGGGAGGCCUUUGUAAGUCCUACG